AGAGGGGCGGGGGUUGGGAAGAUGGCGGCUCCCAGCCUCCUCAACUGGAGGCGGGUUUCCUCCUUCACGGGGCCGGUCCCCCGCGCCCGGCACGGACACCGGGCCGUGGCCAUCCGGGAGCUGAUGAUCAUCUUUGGAGGGGGCAAUGAGGGCAUCGCGGACGAGCUGCACGUCUACAACACCGUUACCAAUCAGUGGUUCCUACCAGCUGUUCGGGGAGACAUCCCUCCAGGCUGCGCUGCCCAUGGAUUUGUCUGUGAUGGCACCAGAAUAUUAGUAUUUGGGGGAAUGGUUGAAUAUGGAAGAUACAGCAAUGAGUUAUAUGAGUUACAAGCAAGUCGUUGGUUGUGGAAGAAAAUGAGACCCCAGCCCCCUUCUUCUGGUUUACCUCCUUGUCCUCGGCUUGGACAUAGCUUUUCUUUAUAUGGUAACAAAUGCUAUUUGUUUGGUGGCCUGGCAAAUGAAAGUGAAGAUUCAAACAAUAACGUUCCCAGAUACUUAAAUGAUUUCUAUGAGUUGGAACUACAGCAUGGUUCUGGUGUUGUGGGUUGGAGCAUUCCAGUGACUAAAGGGAUUGUGCCUUCUCCAAGAGAAUCCCACACAGCCAUUAUAUAUUGCAAAAAAGAUUCUGGAAGUCCUAAAAUGUAUGUUUUUGGGGGAAUGUGUGGUGCUCGCCUGGAUGACCUAUGGCAACUUGAGUUAGAAACUAUGUCAUGGUCAAAACCAGAGACUAAAGGAACAGUGCCACUUCCACGAAGCCUUCACACAGCCAAUGUUAUAGGAAACAAGAUGUACAUUUUUGGUGGAUGGGUUCCAUAUAAAGGGGAAAAUAUUGAGACGUCACCUCAUGAUUGUGAAUGGAGAUGUACUAGUUCAUUUUCUUACCUAAAUCUGGAUACAGUUGAGUGGACCACCUUAGUAUCAGAUUCUCAGGAAGAUAAGAAAAAUUCAAGACCAAGACCAAGAGCUGGACACUGUGCUGUUGCAGUUGGCACUCGAUUAUAUUUUUGGAGUGGAAGAGAUGGCUACAAAAAAGCAUUGAAUAGUCAAGUUUGCUGCAAGGAUCUUUGGUAUCUUGAUACUGAGAAACCAUCAGCACCAUCACAAGUACAACUGAUCAAAGCCACUACCAACUCUUUCCAUGUCAAGUGGGAUGAAGUGCCUACAGUUGAGGGCUAUCUUUUGCAGUUGAAUACAGACUUGCCAUACCAAGCGGCAUCAUCAGAUUCUUCAGCAGCACCAACUAUUCAAGGAAUCAGGAUGGACCCUCACAGACAAGGCAGUAAUAGCAUCAUUCCCAACAGUAUCCAUGAUACAGCAAACAGUACAAAAACUGAGCAUACUGCUAUGAAAGGAAUUUUAAUGAAAAACAACCCAGAUCUCAAAGCAUCAACUGAUUCUAAUGCCAUUUUACUUUCAUCUUCACCAACUAAUGCUUCUAAUCAUAAUAGUUGUAUGGUGGAUAUCUUAAGGAAAAAUGAAGGUCCUCACACUUCAGCAAGUGUAGGUGUUCUAAGUAGUUGCCUGGGCUUAAGAACAGUAAUCCCUGAAACUUCUGUAUCCAGUACUGUUUGCAGCGCACAAACUAUGGUAACCCAGCAGACCAUUAAAACUGAAUCAUCCAGUACAAAUGGGGCAGUUGUUAAAGAUGAAACUUCACUAACAGCAUUCAGUACCAAAUCUGAAGUUGAUGAAACAUGUGCACUGCCUGCAAUUAAGAUCAGCCGUGUAGAGACCCAUGCUGCAGCAACAGUUCUGUUUUCUAAAGAGGCUUCUUCAAAUCCAGUGGCCACGGUGAAAACAGGAGAACGACAGUGGUGUGAUGUGGGAAUUUUUAAAAAUAACACAGCUUUGGUGAGCCAGUUUUAUUUGCUGCCAAAAGGGAAGCAAAGCAUCGCAAAGGUAGGAAAUGCAGACGUGCCUGACUACAGUUUACUUAAGAAACAAGAUCUUGUUCCAGGCACAGGAUACAGAUUCAGGGUUGCUGCAAUCAAUGGUUGUGGGAUAGGCCCUUUCAGCAGAAUCAGUGAAUUUAAAACUUGUAUUCCUGGUUUUCCUGGAGCUCCUUCUGCAGUCAGAAUUUCAAAGAACGUUGAGGGUAUCCACCUUUCCUGGGAACCUCCAACUUCACCCUCUGGAAAUAUUUUGGAAUAUUCAGCCUACCUGGCUAUCCGUACAGCACAGAUACAAGAUAAUCCAAGUCAGCUUGUGUUUAUGAGGAUUUAUUGUGGUCUUAAGACCUCAUGUGUAGUAACUGCCGGGCAGCUUGCAAACGCACACAUUGAUUACACAUCCAGGCCGGCCAUUGUGUUCAGGAUAUCAGCAAAGAACGAAAAGGGCUAUGGACCAGCUACCCAAGUUCGAUGGCUUCAAGGUAACAAUAGGAAAGCACCUUUAAGUUGAACUGGUUUUUUACUGAAGUUGUUGUAAUGAUGACUAUUUAUUAGUAACUGGUUAUGAAGAUUUGUCAUUUAAAAGAGUUAUUCUUUGAUUGUAUUUCUAGCAGUUAUGAAUUUGAGUUUGUAAGUUCUUAAAAUGUAUUUGCUCAAUUCUAGAUCCAAAUAAAAAUAGAAAAGCAAAGACUCUGAAAAUUAGUACAUACAUAUAUGCAUAUAUGCGUAUGUAUAUAUUAGUAUAUGUAAAGCCAAAAGACUUUGACCCCAAUAUCUUUUAUAAAGGCUGUGUAACUCAGUUAUCCUGGAGUUAUUGAGAUGAUUGUAGUAACUGGCUGUUGUACUUUAUGCUCUUACGUAGUGUUCUCUACACUGUAAAUACCCUCUUUACGUUCUCUCUCUAACUUCGUUCUCCAUGAGCAGUGGUCCUCUAACAACUGUCUCCUAUUGAAUAAUAAUUAUGAUACUAAUUUUAGGAACCAUUUGAUUCUUUUUUGCUUAUUUACAGUUAGCAGAAAGCUUAAGAAAAUUUUUUUAAAAGUUCAGAAACUCUCUUUUUGAAUUCUUACUAUUUUCUAAGGAUCAUGAUAAAAUACAAAAAGAAUAAUGGAUUUCUUGAUUCUUAUCAGGCCAAUACAUUUAAUGUAUAUUUGACCAAAACACUUCACUUAAACUGGCCCUCAGUUUCCUCAUUAGUAAAUGAGGUAGUUAAAAGACUUUCUCUUUAAGGUCCUUUUCAGCACUAAAAUUCUGUAUCUUCAUGAGAAGUGAGGUAUAUUCUGAACAUUUCAACAUCUGUCUUAAUCACUUUAACUUUGCUUUCCCUGAAAUUAAAACCUUCAUAAUUUAAAAUUCAAAAUUAAAGUCUCUGUCCUCCUAUUGCAGAAAGAAGCACCUUAACAGGACACAAGUUUUGAAAUAGUGUUUUAAACAUUUGUAAGAUUUUGUAAAUGCUCCAAAUGUUUUAUUUUUGCAUUGUUUUUAUCUUGAAAUUGUAUAAACUUUUUUACAACUGAAAUAUAAGCAUUAGACAGCUUACUCAGGUUCCAUUAUAACCUUAAAGAUACAGAUAGGUGUUAUGAACACUCUGCUAGCAGUAACAUGUUUUAAACCUUUAGGAAUUUCACAGUUCUACUGCCUGUUCAAAUCUGGGAUGAAUAUACAAGAGCAAUAAUUGCAGAAAAGAUAGUUCAGACUAAGAGCUGCAUUAGCUGCAGGGGCACAGUCUGUCCUCUAAAGCCACAUCACCUUACGCCAGCUUAGGUGGACUGAGUAGCUGUGUCCUCAGACUUUAUGUACAAUACCCUCAGUAAAGAUGGAUUUCAUUGUGCAGAACUGAUAUUAUAUGUGUGUUCCAGUGACUAAUUUAAAAUGUAUAGAAUAUUUUAAUAUAUAAUUUUUAUAAAGAACUGGGAUUUUUAUACUACAGUAUUUGUAAUUCAUGUGUCUCACAAAGUUUCUCUUGAAGAAAAUAUGCAAACUGUUAGACACAUAGAGAGUGAUUUCUGAACUCUAAAGGUAAAAUAAAUGCACUACUAUGGUGUUGGUAGAAUACCUUUUCUUGUGGCUCUAUGAAUCCUUAAUCUUUAAAUGUGUACUUUACAAACAAUGUUUACAAGGAGCUCCUCCCAUUUGUUAUUCCAGCAGGUCCCUUGGUGAGAGCUUCAUUCUGCAUUUGCUUAACUCAUAUGCUUUGCUUUUGGCAUAUGCUUGCUUUUUGCACUAGUAGAAUUUUAACUUACCUCAUUAUUAUGUUUGUAAUCAUUUGUAUAGCUUCCAUAAUGUGUCUGAUAUAGGCUAAACAAAUAUUUAACCAAAGUUAAAGAUAAAAUAAAUGGUAAGCAAUUUUGCACAUAUUAAAUACUAGGGUUUGUCGUGUGUGUAUAUUUAGUUGAAAAAACAGUAAGAAUGGGAAGUUAUAGUAAAUGUAUAUUUCAAGCUCAAUUAUUUUAAUAAUGUAUUUGCUUUAUUAGGAAAAGCCUGCUUUUUAACCCCUUCUUUUGUAUUAAUCUGUAUUAUUUAGCAAUUUGCAUCUUAAAGCACUUCUCUCUCUCUCUUUUUUUUUUUUAAAUAUUUUUUGUUGUAAAAUUGAAGCACUUCCCUUAAUGACAAGGGAUAAGUUGAUUUUAAGCAAAGGAUAGAGUAUUUGUUUGAGUGUGCACGGUUACACCUAUUUAGUAUUUUCAGGUCUUUGGUUUACUUUGCUUAAAUGCCUCUACUUUUCUAGACCAGGAAUAUGAAGCUAUAGUUCUAACAUACAACUUAUUUUUCAGAGGGAAGGGCAGUCUUUCUAUACCAAGGGAUUUGUUAAAAUAAUAAAUGUUUUCACUUUGAGAAUUAGCCCAGAUUCUGUUGUCAUUUUUUGGUGUUUGUACACUAAGCACCAGUCACAUUUAUCUCUCUGAAAAAUGAUUGGUGACUGAAAGAUGCCAUUGAGAAAUCUCUGUGGCUUUGACAUUAGUAGUUAAUAUGAGAUCUUAGAGCUGUGUGUUCAUGAAUAGAAUGGAUUGGGGGUAAAUAAAGAGAGAAGUGCAUUUAGCUUCUUAUCAUUUGCACAUUUUCUAAGUAAAGAUCCUGUUGUGUAGCAGUAGACCAUGUCAUGCAUGUAUCUUCCGUAAGAGGAUUUACAAUGAGUUAAGUUACUUUCUUUAGUCCCCUGGUUGAAUAAGGAAUUCAGAUGUAGCAAGCUUUUAUGCCACAUCCUCUUCCUGCACUCUGCAACUUUGAUUUACAUAUAUAGUAAAAAAAUGUUUCAUGUUGCAUGCUCUUAGAAUUAUGUUUUCUAAGAUACUGUAUUGGCUUCAUUUUAGUUUAGUAAACCAUUUUGGCAAUUUUAACUAUAAAUCAGGCAAAUAUAAGCUCAAUUUUAUCUGAAAUUUUUAAAAAAUUAAAAUAAUCUGAUUGCAUGUCACCCUCCACCUCAUAACCAUAUUACAUAAAUAUAAUCAUCUAUAGAAAGGUAAAACCGUUGAUCCAUUAUUUCGAAAACUUGUAGACUAGCAAAGAUUUUUUCUGAUUAGAGAUAUGGUCUUUUCUAAAGAUGCUUUUAUUUAAGGAAAAAAAAAAGCUGCAGCAUUUGUAACAUAAAAAUAAUUUGUAACUUUGGAUAUAAAGAGAUUAUUAGUAUUUAAAAUAAUUGUAGUCAUCUAAUGAAAUAGAUUGCAAAAUAGACUCGGUCUUUGUGUUUUCCAAGAACUGAUUUUAGGCAGUUUUAUGUAUUGUGUACCAAUGUUAUGUAAAAUAAAGCACCUUUUCUACUAUAUAAGCAGUUAUAUAUGUUAUUUAUUUUGAACUACGUGAAAGGAAAAUUAGUGAUGUCAGAGAAAAUCUGUAGAAAAAUUGAUUCUGUGUCAUUCAUUUUAAGUAAGAAUAUAAGCAUUCUCUAAAUUGAGAGUUGAUUUUGUCUAAAAACUUGUUUCUAAGUUAGUUGGUUCUAACUGGGAAUUAUUUUCUCAUAGAAACAAGAUGCCUAUCUAACCCUUAUUGUAGCUGAACUAGUAUGCUUGAAAGUAAAAAGGCAAAUGGCUCUAAGGAGUUGUUGUCACCACUUUUUUCUUUUAUGUACUGUUAAUUUUUUUUCCUUUAUCCUUUUUGCCUUUUUUUAAUUCACGGCAGCCAGGCUUGUGCCCCACUACUCCAUCAAAAUAGCUCUUACAGAGGGCAGAGAUAACCUUCUAUUUCCCAAAUCCCAUGAACUCUUUCAUCAUGCUUCAUCUUGUUGUUCGAAGCUUUUACCCACUCCCUUGACAUUUUCAGGUUUUUUUAGUUUCUGUGAUACCAUGCUGUCUGUCUUUCCUUAUGCACUUACUCCUGUUUUCAAUCCCCUUCUUCACCUUCACUUCUUUUCUCAAGAUUCAUGUCAGAUGUUGCCAGCCUGAUGAAGCAUUUCCUGACUACCUUAGUUAUCUAGUGCUGCUAUAACAGAAAUACCACACGUGGAUGGCUUUAACAAAACAGAACUUUACUCUCUUGCAGUCUAGGAGGCUAGAAGUCCAAAUUCAGGGUGCCAGCUCCAGGGGACGGGUUUCUGUCUAUGUUGGCUCUGGGGAAAGGUCCUUGUCAUCAAUCUUCCCCUGGUCUAGGAGCGUCUCAGUGCAGGGACUCUGGGCCCAAAGGACGCACUGCUCUCCUUGUUCUUCAUUCUUUGUGGCAUGAGGUCCCCUGGUCUCUCUGCUCCUUUCUCUCUUUUAUAUUGCAAAAGAGAAUGACUCAAGGUACAGUGUAAUCUUGUAGGUUGAGUCCUGCCUCAUUAACAUAACUGCCUCUAAUCCUUCAUUAACAUCACAGACGUACGAUUUACAACACUUAGGAAAAUCACAUCAGAUGACAAAAUGGUGGACAGUCACGCAGUACUGAAAAUCAUGGUCUAGCCAAGUUGACACACAUUUUUGGGGUACACAAUUCAAUCCAUAGCACUGACAUACUCCACUUCCAGGUAGAUUUGACCCCUUCUUUUUGUGUUCCCACUGCCCUUUGUUAAAUCUUGCAUCAUAGCAGCCUAAAAGCUAUGUGCCCUUAUUUGUUAGCAUUGUCCUUUUCCCCCUGCCAGAUGGUAGGUCUUUGAGGCGGACUGGGUCUUUAUAUCCUUCUGUAUCAGCCAUUUAGCUGGUACUUAAAUAUUUCAACAAACAGUUAAAGAAAAUCCCCACCUUUACACUUUUCCAUACCCUCCACUUGGGAGAAAAAUGUGACAGUCUGUUUCUGUAAAGAUUUACAGCCUUGGAAACCCUAUGGAGCAGUUGUACUCUGUCCUACAAGGUUGCCAUGAGUUGGAAUCGACUUGAUGGCAAUGGAUUUUAUACUUCCACGCCCCACUCUCAUGUUGAGAUCAAAAUGAGAGGGAGGCUUUGAAAAGGAAAGAGGUUUUAACAGGUUUAACAAGCCCCUGGAGAAAAUACAAACUGUAUAGCCUUGUCUUACCCUACCCUCCGAUUAGUGAGGCUCCUAAGAGAAGGUCAGGGAUAAAUAAGCGAUGUGUCACAUAUUUGCUGGGCUAAAGGGGAUUUAAUGUAGGUUUUUAUGGAUCUCAAGAAGAGGACUUUGAUCUAAAAAGACCUGAGUAUUUAAGGAGAUCGAUGGGUAUAUCUGGAUUAUGAUUUUUAACAUAACGUGAUCAGGAAAAUGAGCUAAAAAUCUUUCAAAAGUUAGUCUCUCUAAUAUCCAUGUAGUGAAGCCAUGGACAAUUAUCUAGCACUAGAUAAAAAAACCUAAGGGGUCUUGGUGACAGUGGUUAAGAGCUCGGCUGCUGUCUGAAAGGUUAGCAUAUCAAACCCCACCAGCUGCUCCAUGGGAGAAAAGACCUGGCGAUCUUCUCUUAUAAGUAUUAUAGCCUAGGGAACCCUGUGGGGCAGUUCUACUCUGUCCUAUAGGGUUGCAGUGAGUUGGAAUCGACUGGAUGGCACACAACAGCAGAAAAUAAACUACCUGCUUAUUUAAGCCCAGGACACUGCUGGAGAACACGGAAGACCAGAAUUAGACCUGUACCAGAUUCUGUUACAUAUCAGGUCAGGUCGGUGUUGUCACCUCUGAGCUCGUAGGACAAAGAUUUUUACCCUACAGGAAGAUAAGGUGACAUUGGCACACCUUCCUUCCAAGCCAUCCGGUUACAUUUGUGAGUCCCUAUACUUACAUAUUUCUGUAACUCUAAAAAAAAUCCACCCAGUGCCUCUGUAACUCUAGAAAAGGCUUAUUUUGAUCAUGCCUGGAAAUAUGAACUGCAGCAUUCUGGGGAAAAACAAAUUCUGUAAACUGGAUGAAGAAAGAAAAGGCUAUAAAAUCUCAGGAAUCAGUAACCUUGUUCAAAAUAGAAUUCUAUAUCUAAUUUAGUAUCCAUUUGUUUCCCCCUUAUUGUCUGUCUGCAGAAGUAAAAUCAGGAAAAUGUCCACUUGUGGCUCCAUUAAAAGAUCGUGAAUCUGAACAAAGACCAUCUGAAACUGAGUGUGAAAUUCUUUUAUGUAUUGUUAUCUUGGAUAAAUUGAAUUCAGCAAGGGUCUGGUACUUAAAGGUAGUUUUAAAUUCAAAGUCUGGCUAUGACUCCUGUCUUGGGCCUGAAAUUCUAAAGUCUUGUGAAUACAAUAUUAGGAGGCCUUUGACCAUGGGGGAAACCCUGGUGGCGUAGUGGUUAAGUGCUACGGCUGCUAACCAAAACAUCGGCAGUUCAAAUCUGCAAGGCGCUCCUUGGAAACUCUGUGGGGCAGUUCUACUCUGUCCUAUAGGGUCGCUAUGAGUUGGAAUCGUCUCGACGGCACUGGGUUUGGUUUUGGUUGGUUGACCAUGGGUAGAGAGAAGGCUGUGGAGUCACAGGUAUGAGGUUGUGGAGGCUACAGAAGUAUUCUUUAUUUACUGAUUUGAUUUGCUGAUUUGACAAGUUUCUAUAGAUUGCCUAGUUAUGUCAGGGUGUUUACAUAUAACCUCUGAAGAUAAAAGUGCAGAAAGUAUGAGUUAGUGGCUUAUCAGAUAUGGAAGCUGUAACAGAGAAGGAACCUGGUCUCCUUACCGCCAAGAAGCAGGAAGCUAAAGAAUACUUCAGUCCUCAGCCUGAGAAUUUGGGAAGGCAUAAGGAGCCCUUCACGUUUGAGCACAUACAGGUUAAAAAGAAAAGGUAGCAGUUGGUUUUUGUUUAUUGAACACAGAGUAACCCUGUCCCCUAGUAAAUCACGGCCCAAAAAUGUCCAGCUCUGACCAGGAGGAUUAUCCCUUCCCUUCCUCCUCCUCUAGUGGGGAAGAAUUAGGUCUGGGGUAGAGAGCAAAGCAGAUGCUCCUUCCUGGCAUUUCCCUACCUGGGAGAGAGAGUGAAGUCCCCUAAGACCCUGAGAAGGUUUCCCUCCUAAUUUCGUUUUCAUGUUGGGAAAGGGGCAAAAAGCUACAGGUAUAAUAAUUGCCAUACAAUAUAACAAAGGUGUGGGUGAGCCACUUAUGCCACCAUAGCAUGCAAGAGAGGGGUUUUUUUAAGGGUGAAACAUAGACAGGGAAGGCAGCAACAGCUGGCAUAGGAAGAAGAUGGCCAAAGCUCAUUUUCAUGACUGGCAAGCUAAGGAUUAUGUUUGUUUUUUCGUUGCCGUCGAGUCGAUUCCGACUCAUAGCAACCCUAGAGGACAGAGUAGAACUGCCCCAUAGAGUUUCCAAGGAGCACCUGGUAGAUUUGAACUGCCGAUGUUUUGGUUAGCAGCCGUAGCACUUAACCACUACGCCACCAGGGUUUCCAAAGGUUUAUAUGUAGGCUUUGAUAAAUAACAACAGAAACGGUUGCCGUCAGUUGAUCCCAAACCCAUGUGUGUCAGAGUAGAGCUAUGCUCCAUAGGGUUUUCAAUGGAUGAUUUUCAGAAAGAGAUCACAAGGCCUUUCUUCUGUGGCACCUCUGGAUGGAUUGAAACCUCCCAUCUUCCCAUUAGCAGCCAAGUGCGUUGACCAUUUGAUAGAGAAGGCUAAAGCAGGUGUCUGAGUGGAGUUCCGAAGGUCCAACUGCUUGAUCCAAAAUGAGCCUGCCACCAGCUGCAUUUUAGCACCCCUUGGUGACAUUGUCCAUUCCUGCUUAAAUAUGGGUAAGAUUCUGGGUCCUGCAACUGCCUGGGGCUUUUAAAAUAGCUACAGCAAUUCCUAGAAAUUCUGAUGAGAUGGCAGCCUCAGGUUAGACCCAGUUAGGGAGAUUGGACCUGGAGAAUAUACUUUCUACUUCCUCUUUCCCUGGGAAUGGGUUGCUGGCCAUUUCCUGCUGGGCCUAGUCAACCCCAUGCACUAACUCCCUGCCCCAAGAUAAUAACUUCAGCAGCCCUGUUUGGGUAAAGGGGAUGGGUGGAGUGUUUGAAGGUCUGUCUUUUUUCCCCCCAGAACUUUUGAAUUGUGUAUCAAAAUACCUAGCUAAUUCUCCCAGUCAGGAGAAAUUGCACAUGGACUAUGUCAUAUUUAGCCUGCAAAACGGCAUUGCCAGUGAUGAACUUGGCAAAAGGUCUCGAUUGCAAAAUUGUUAUGCCAUUUUAUGACCAACCUGGCACCUGUUAUUGACCAGUGUGGAGAAACAGUUAAUGUCACCACCACAUACCUUCCGUAUUUUAUGAAUAUUUAACACAUGAACGUGUUAUUAGGAGAAUGUGCCAAAGGGAAUUUGUACUUUUGAAAGUCAAGAGAAUUCAGUAAAGAGGUGGUGUCUGUCAGUUUAUUUUGGAGGUUUGCAUCACCUAUGGUUUCAUUCUCUGCGUUUUACAAAUAAUUUUACCCACCUGAGCAAAAUAACCAAUUAACCAAUUUAAGUAUUGCUUUUCUAAGUUGACUCUGUGCCAACUUAGAAAAGCAAUACUUAAAACUGCCAUCUCUUUGAAUCUUGAACCCUAGGGGAAUCUAGUUAACGUCUUUGAGGAAUAAUUUCUACUCUUUUUUUUUUUUUUCGUUUAUCAUGUCCUUCUUCCCCACUAGCUAUAAUUGGCUGACUUGCAAAGCACAGCAGCGGCUGAAACAUUGAGCUCCCUCUCUUUUUUGAUGAGAGGAUGUAUUACUUACAUCUUUUUUCUUUUAUUUGUUGUGAAAUGGUACAUGUAAAAGUAUACAGAUUGUACAUGUAUGAUUUGGUUACUAAAAUGAUCACACAUAAACUAGCCUUCAGCUUAAGAACUAGAACACUCUCAGCUGCCUAGAAGCCCCUAUUUGUCUUCUCUGGCCCAACACACGCCACAUGAGGUAAACGUGAUUCAGAAUUUUUUGCUAAUAAUUACCUUGGUUUUGUGUGUGUGUGGGUUUCCAUCUAUGUGUACCCAGUGCGUAUAGUUCCCUAAAUUAUAUAUUGUUUAGUUUUACCUGUUUUUGAACUUUUGUAUGAAUGAAAACAUACUGUAUGUAUUCUGUGACUUUUUUCUGACAUUGUUUUUGAGAUUCCCAUCCAUGUUUAUGCAUGUAAUGGUAUUUCAUUUAUUUUCACUGUUGAGUAGUAUUCCGCUGAGUGAUGAUUAAAACACCCACCAGUGCCCUCGAGUCAAUUCUGACAAUUUAUUUAUCUGUUCUGCUAUUUACAGGCUUCUGGUUUGUUUUCAGUUUUUUGCUAUUAUGAACAAUGCUGCUAUGAACUUUCUGCCCAGUUACAGUGUAAGCUCCGCAUGGGCAGGGUUUUGUCUCUUUUGUAUUCACAGUGUCUGGGACAAUGCCUACACAUGGUAGUGCUCCCUAAGUAUUUGAGAAAUGAGUGGAUUCUUGCAUGUGUCUCCUGGUACACAUGUGCAAGGGUUGCUCUAGGGCAACUGUUUUCAAAGCGUGGUCCAAGGACCCCGGGGGACCUUGAGACCCUUUCAAGGGAGUCUGUGAAGGCAAAAAAGUGUUUUCACAAUAAUACUAAGAUGUUAUUUGUCUUUUUCACUCUCAUUUUUUCAUGAGUUUAAGUAUUUUUCAGGUAUAUGAUGCCAUCACCCUGACAUCUAAUAGAGUGUAUACUUGUGUUUUAAAAAAGUCUUUGUUUUCGUUUCCAGUAUGGUAAAUAUUGAUCUGUAUAACCCACAUAAACAAAAACUCUUUGGGGUCCUCAGUAAUUUUUAGGAAAGUAAAGAGGCUCUGAGACCAAAAAUUUAAGAAGUGCUGCUCUCAGGAGUGGUUUUUACUUGGUAAUGCUAAUUGCUUUCUAAAGCAUUUGUGCCAGUUUAUACUCCCACUGGCAGUAGUUUGAAGUUCCCAUGGCCCCACAUCUUAGCAAACAUUUGGUCUUCAUUUACUGUCUUUCAUAUUUGCCAAUUGAGUGGCCGUUAUUUUUUUUUUUAUAUAUGGUAUCUUAACUGUGGGUUUAAUGUAGUUAUGUUUCAUGUGUUUGGAUUCUUCUGUGAAAUACCUAGUCAUGUUUUUUCUAUUGGGUUAUGUGUCAUUUUUCAUUGAUUCAUAUGAUUUCUUUAUGUAUUCUGAACACCAAUCCUUUGUCAAUUAAAUGUGUUGCAUAUAUCUUCUCCCAGUUUGUGUAUUUAUCUUUUGGAAUUGUAUUGAACUUGUUGAUCAACUUGGAGAAAAUUGACACCUUUUCAGUAUUGAGUCUUCCUAGCUGAGAACAUUGUAUAUCUCUCCAUUUAUUAGGUCUUCUGUAAUGCCUCUCAAUAAACUGUAAUAUUUUUCUCCAUAAAGGCCUUCACGUCUUAUAUUAGAUUUCUUCCUAGGAAUUGUUUUUUAAUGCUAUGAUAAUUUUUUAAAGCUUUAUUUUAAUACACUUUCUACAUUGUUGCUAUUUAUAGAAAUAUUGUUGCUAUAUAUUAAUUUUGGAUCUGGCACAGUAGUCAGGUGCUCAGCUGCUAACUGAAAGGUCAGUGGUUCAAACCUACCAGCUGUUCAGUAAAGAUUUACAGCCUUGGAAGUCCUAUGGAACACUUCUGCUGUAUCCUAUAAGGUCACUAUGAGUUGGAAUCAACUCGAUGGCAGUGGGUUUUUAGGGGGGUAUAUAUUAAUUUUGGAUUCAGCAACCAUGCCAAACAUAUUCUUUUGAGUUUUUUAUGUCAUCAUGUCAUCUGCAAAUAAUGACAGUUUUCUGCCUUUCUGAUUUAUGCCCUUUUUUUUUUUUUUUAAUUAUACUUCAGGUGAAAGUUUACAGCUCAAGUUAAAUUCUCAUACAAAAAUAUAUACAUAUAUUGUUAUGUGACAUAGGUUGCAACACUCCCCCUUUCCACCCCAGGUUUCUUGUGCCCAUUCAACCAGCUCCUGUCCCUUCCUGCCUUCUCAUCCUGCCUCUAGGCAGGAGCCGCCCAUUUGGUCUCAUGUAUCUGAUUGAAACAAGAAGCUCAUACCUCUCAAGUAUUAUUUUUUUAUUUGUAGUCCAGUGUAAUCUUUGUCUGAAAAGUAGGCUUCAGGAAUGGUUUUAGUUCUGGAUUAACAGAGCGUCCGUCUGCAGGCCAUAGUUUCAGGAGUCUUUAUACCUUUUUAAAAAAAUUUUUUUUUCUUUUAUUUCUGUACUAGCUAGGACCUGAACUUAUGAUGGUGCACAUCCUUGUCUUAGUCCUGAUUUUAAAGGGAAUGUUUUCAACAUUUCACUGUUUAGUUUUUUUCCCCCAUAAAUGGCCUUGAUCAGUUUAAGGAGGGUCUCUUCUAUUUCUCCUUUGCUAUUAGUUUUAUUAUGAAUGAGUAUUGCAUUUUAUUGCCUUUUUUGCAUCUAUCUAUUUAAAUGAUUAUUUUCUCUUAUAAUCUGUUAAUGUGUUAAAUUAUGGUGGUCUACUUUUUAAUAUUAAGCUAGCCUUUAAUUCCUAGUAUAAACCCAACUUGGUCAUGAGGAAUGUGCGUGUGCAUGUGUGUUUUAACACAUUGCUGAACUCAAUUGGCCAAUAUUUUGUUUAGGAGUUUUGCACCUAUGUGAAAUUAGCCUGUAAUACUCAUUUCAUGUACUGUCCUUGUUUGGUUUUGGUAUCAAGGUUAUAUUAGCCAUAUGCAGUGAGUUUUUCAAUUUUCUGGAAGCAUUCAUUUAAGAUUGGAACUAGUCCUUAAAAGCAUUUGGUCAUUGUGAGGGAAUUUUUAGCUACUGAUGCAUUGUUUUAACAAGUUGUAGAAUCGUUAGUACUUUAUAUUCUUGAGUCAGUUUUGAUAAAUUGAAUGAAUGUACCCAGUUGAUAAGUUGAAUUUAUGAAUUUAUCCCUAAUCCUAGAGAUUUAUUCAUUUCAUCUUAAUUUUAGUAUGUAUGAAGUUAUCCAUAUUAUCCUUGUAUCUUUUUAGUCUCCACGGUAUCUGUAGUUAGGGCCUUUUUUUCAUUCCUAUUAGUUUAUUUGUGCCUUCUCAUUUUUUCUUGAUAAAUACUUACAGGUUUGUAUGUUUGACCCACUGUCGUUGUUAGGUACCAUCAAGUCAAUUCUGACUCAAAGCUACAGGACGGAGUAGAACUGCCCCAUAGGGGUUCCAAGGAGCGGCUGGUGGAUUUGAACUACCGAUCUUUUGGUUAGCAGCUGAGCUUUUAACCACUCUGCCGUCAGGGCUCCUUUGACCUACUACUUAUUUUAAAAGCGUAUUUUAAAAUUUUCAAAUGAUGGUAGUUCUAGUUGUUGAUUUCAACUUUUGCUUCUAAUUUAAUUUCAUUUUGUCAAAGAAACUGACCUGUAUGAUUUCAGUACUGAAAUUUGAGACCAGGUUUAUGACCAUCUGUGGUCAGUUUUCAUAAAUGUUCCAUGUGUGCUUAAAAAGAAUGUAUAUUCCCCAAUUGUUGAGUAUAGUGUUCUAUAAAUACCCAUUCCACCCAUUGUCCUUGAGUCAAUUCCAACUCAUAGCAACCCUAUAGGACAGAGUGGAACUGCCCAUUGGGUUUCCAAGGCUGAAAUCUUUACGGAAGCAGACUGCUACAUAUUUCUCCCACGGAGCGGCUGGUGGGUUCCAACUGCUGACCUUUCAGUUAGCAGCUGAGCACUUAACCACUGCACCACCAGUGCACAUUAGUGUUCUGUAAUUCUCCAUUAAAUCAAACCUUAGUUGUGCUGUUCAGAUCUUCUGUUCACUGGUUUAUUUUGUACUUGAUUUCUCCUUACUGAAGAGUCUCAAAAGAUCUCAUUAUGAUAGAGGAUUUCUCAGGUUCUCUUGAAGUUGUCAAUAUUUGCUUUUUCUUUUGACUUUUAGGUACAUACUAAUUUAAAAUCGUUAAAUCUUCUUGGUGAAUUGAACCUUGUGUUAUUAGGUAGUGACUUUAUCUCUUGUAAUGCUUGUUGCCUUGUUUUGUUGUUGUUACUUAAUAUAGCAAUCUUUUGGUUAGUUCUUGAUAUAUUUUAGAUUAUUUCUUUGGCAUUAUAUUUCGAGUUUGCAAAGACACACCAAAAACACAAGGCCAAAGAUAAUCUGUCUUAACUAGAUGGUCUAGUUCACUUGUACCUGUUGUGAUUACAAAUAUAUUUGGAUUUAUCUCUAGCCCCUCAUAUGUUACCUAUUGUCCUGGGUUUUUUUGUGUGUGUGCUUGUCAUCCACUUCCCCUGCCUUCUUGCCCUUUUAUUUAUUUUCUUAUUUUUUCCCCUUCUCUAUUUAUUGGAUUUUUAAUUACUGCAUUUGUUUUCCAUAUUAGUUCUAUUUGGUUAACAAAUCUUGUUUGUUCUCUGUGUAAUCUGUCGUUCAUAUUCUCUGUGCUUCUCUUGCGUUUCUUCAAACAUCAUCAGUGUUCCCUGUGAUUUUCCCUUGAGUUUUAUGAUGUUUUAAUUUUCCUUGGAAAACAGGAAUUAUUUGAAGCAGGCUGAGGUUGAUAACUGUGAAUUUGUUUGCUCCGCCAGACACCUGGGCGCUACCAACCUUGGACCACUUUAAAUGAUCAGCUUGAAAGUUCUGUAAUUUCAGGUCAGAAAUCACCUUGAGGGCUGACCUGUGGCUAGGGAGUUAAGGAUGGUGAUUUUUUCCCCUUCCACCCAGUACCAAAAGUGAGACAGGCAACAUUUCUUGCUGUCCACCUCUCUUAGGCUUUAUCUCCAGGCCCCCUUCUGCUGCUAUCAAAGUUAAAGUUUAGGACUCCAGAAUUCAACUGAAAUCCUUAGGGCCAAAGCAGGCUUUGGGUGCUGGCUUACCUCACAGGUGUCCUGUUUCUGCUUCAUUUUUGGAGUUCUGUAGAUUCCUCUGAUGUCAACUCAGUGAUACAUUUUCAAAGAUUAAAAGAUUUUCUUAUAUUAUUUUUUAUAUUUUAUUCAGCAUUUGGGUUUUUUUUUCUAACUGGGAGUCAUCGAAGUUAUCUAGACUGCCUUACCCCCGGAAACAGAAGUCUAGAGUAAAAUUUUUUUCACUUUGCCCUUGAUAUGAGUAGGAAACAUGGUACUUUGUAGUCUACAGAAUUCUAGGAUGCCUAGUUCUCUCCCCUGCAUUGUCCCACAAGAUAGCCCUUUUAUGGUCUAGGGGACUGUUGCUUGCAAGGUUGGAAAUGUACAGGAAGCAACCAUUUUUUAAAGCUAUAUUCUUCCUCCAAAGUAAGGAAUGGCUGUGCCGUUUCCUUAAAUGGCUGUUAGGCCAAAUAUUACUUCUUCCUGUUCUUUGAUUGAUUGCUUUGGUCUGAAAAAGGAUUUGGGUUUCGUUUCUUGUAAACCUAACACUGGAGAUUAUAUAUGCAUGAAUGAGCCUUCCUGGCAUACCUGUCCAACUGAAAAGGCACUGUUAUGACUUAUCUUUGCACAACAACUACCCAGUGUUCAAGGUUCAGAAAUAAGCCUUCAUUCAGAUGUACUCUGAAAUUGGGCCCUGGAAAACACGGGCAAAAGACACAAACCUGUUAUUGCUUGCUCUUAGGACAUUCAAAGAAGGCCUAAGUUAUACCUAAGAGGCAAAAGCUUAUGCCACAGUGCUGGAAUUUUAUAAUCUUAGUGUAUUUUUGUAGAAUAUAGAGGAAUACCUAUUAACACAUAAUUUGCACCCCUAAAACUAAUACAUGGCCAUUAAGCUUCUAGAGGCAGUGCCAACACAUAUUUUACAGACUUUAUUCUUGUUUGGCACAUGUGCUGGCAUUAACCUUGAAAACAGAGUUCUUGCAGCACAUUGCUUGCAUAGGUGUCUGUUUAAAGUACAAAAGAGAAUAGUCCCUGGAGUCAGGUCUGGGAAAGCUGUAGCUGUGUUACCAGGCAAGCUUCCAUUAUUAAAGACGAUGGCCAGAAGUAAACAUUUAGUUUUUACCUAUAGAAUUUUUACCCACCUGCCUAUAACUAGGGUUCUUAAGGAAUGAUAGUUGUUUUGUUGUGUUCUAUAUGGCUGGCAAAAUUUCUGUUCGUAAAAAUCUCAGAUUGUAUAAAUGUAUGUGAGGCUUAUCUGUGCAAAUGUGUAAAAUGUAGAAUAGUUUCGGAACAUUAAAAAAAAGCCCGUUAAAAAUGGAAUGCAACAAAAGACAAUAACCAGAAGCCAGAGAAAUGAAUCCAUCCCAAUGCCAUUUGUGACCUAUGGUUUGAAGGGAUUCUGCCUUAUGGUUUUAAGAAUCCUUAAAAUCAGGUACAAAGAGAAGCAUACUCUUUGAAGAACUGCCUACAGAAGCCCACAUAUAGGCUGAGUUACAGACCUGCUGUUUUGAGAGGUGUUUAUUUCUGUAUUUGGUGGUUUUAACAAAUGUUUAAAAAGCUUUCUUGAUGAAGUUUAAGCUGAAGCCUAAAGGGUGAGUGACACUGAGCCAGGCGAAGGAAGAGGAAGAAUAUUCUAGGCAGAGAGAAGUAUAUGUGUUAAGGCCAUGGCAGGAAGGAUUGGGGGAGGCAGAGUACUUGGCAACAAGGAGCCAAGAUAUCAAGAUGACUAGAACGUGGCGAACAAGAAGCUAAACUUGAUGAGGUAAGCACAGGUAACCUUUCCAGUUCUAAAAGAAGCCACAGAUUAAAACUGAGUAUUUUUCAGUGUCGUACAGCUUCAAAGACAAAGUUAGGAGGGUCGUCCCAUUUUUAACUCAAUAAGCACAUUGUAUGAUUUACUAUGAGUUUAAGGUCAAUGUAUACAAAUUAUUAGCUUAUAAGAAAUGAAAAUAACAUAUAGGUUAUCUAAUUCAGGAAGACCAAAAAUAUAAUUUGAAACAGACUAGAUUUUGGUAUAGAUCAUACCCAAUUAUCACUUAUCUCAGUGGCUCAAAAGGUUUAUUUUAUCACAUAAAACAGCAAAUAUUGUCUUGUUUUGGACUGUUGAUAAAAUAACCAACAAUUUCCCCUAAGGAAAAGUAUAUGUAUUUUUAAAAUCUUGCACUUUCAAGAUUUCAUUCUUGGCAAAUUGUAGAAACUUUUUUUUCUUUCAUUUUUCAUGCCAAAAGGCUAUUGCUGUAAAAAUCCUUUUUUAGUUGGGCCCUUGUAACGAUGUUCAGUUAGUAUUAAAGGUAAAUGCUAUUUCCUUUAAUUCACAAAGACAAUCCAGAAAACAGUCGAUAAGGUAUGUUUUUGGAAAAAACACUGUAUAAAUAUUAUACUGUAGGAGAAGAGAAAACAAAGUACAAAUAGCUUAAGACAACAACGUAUCAAAGUAUAUGACUUAGGAAAGUAGAAUUUUUAAAAAUAAUUCUACCUGGACUAAAGCAUCUCCGCUAUAACGAGGAAUGAGGUAGUGAGGGGAAAAGAAGCUAGUCAUGUCUGUAUCUGACUUAAGUCACUGAAGCGCAUUUCUCUUAGAUAUUCAUAAAUGCAAUAUUUACAAAAUUAUAAAAAAGUUUUUUAGGUUAAGGUGGGAGCUUAUACUUAAAAAGUCCUGAGGUGGGGGGCGGGGGAUGAUGUUCAAUUAAAUGCAACAUAGGCCAAAUAAGAAGCCAGCACUAAUUCUCACAUGUAUAAAGAGAUUUUGUACCUGAUACAUACAAAAUCUCAAAUUUUCUUUUGUCAGAGUAUGAAGGUCAUAUAACCCCAAAUUUACCUGAUUUAACAUUUUAGUUAGUACUUACUGGUGAUUGGAAUGCGAAAGUUAGAAACGAAGAAGGAUCAGUAGUUGGAAAAUAUGGUCUCGGUGACAGAAACAAUGCUGGAGAUCGCAUGAUAGAAUUUUCUAAGACCAACAACUUCUUCAUUGCAAAUACCUUUUUUCACCAACAUGAAUGGCAACUGUACACAAGGACCUCGCCAGCUGGAAUACAAAGGAAUCAAAUCGACUACAUCUGUGGAAAAAGACUAUGGGAUUCAAUAUCAUAAGUCAGAACAAGGCCAGGGGCCAAAUGAGGAAAAGACUAUUGCUCCUAUGCAAGUUCAAGUUGAAACUGAAGAAAAUUACAAGUCCACGAAAGCCAAAGUACGACCUUGAGUAUAUCCCACCUGAAUUUAGAGACCAUCUCAAGAAUGGAUUUGACGCAUUGAAUACUAUUGACCAAAGACCAAACGAGUUGUGGAAUGACAUCAAGAACAUCAUACAUGAAGAAAGCAAGAGGUCAUUAAAAAGACACGAAAGAAAGGACCCAAAUGGAUGCCAGAAGAGACUCUGAAACUUGCUCUUGAACAUCGAACAGCUAAAGCAAAAGGAAGAAAUGAUGAAGCAAAAGAACUGAACAGAAGAUUUCAAAGGGUGACUUGAUUGAGAAGACAAAGCAUUAUAAUGACAUGUGCGAAGAGCUGGAGUUAGAAAACCAAAAGGGAAGAACACGCUCGGCAUUUCUCAAGCUGAAAGAACUAAAGAAAAAAUUCAUGCCUCGAGUUGCAAUAGUGAAGGAUUCUAUGGGCAAAAUAUUAAACAACGCAGGAAGCAUCAAAAGAAGAUGGAAGGAAUACACAGUCAUUAUACCAAGAAGAAUUAGCCAACAUUAACCAUUUCAAGAGGUAGCAUAUGAUCAGGAACCAAUGGUACUGAAGGAAGAAGUCCAAGCUGCACUGAAGGCAUUGGUGAAAAACAAGGUUCCAGGAAUUGACGGAAUAUCGAGAUGUUUCAACAAACGGAUGAAGCACUGGAAUUACUCAUUCUUCUGUGCCAAGAAAUUUGGAAGACAGCUACCUGGCCAACCAACUGGAAGAGAUCCAUAUUUGUGCCUAUUCCCAAGAAAGGUGAUCCAACUGAAUGUAUAAAUUAUCGAACAAUAUCAAUAUCACACGCAAGCAAAAUUUUGCUGAAGAUCAUUCAAAAGGGGCUGCAGCAGUAUAUCGACAGGGAACUGCCAGAAAUUCAGGCUGAAUUCAGAAGAGGACAUGGAACCAGGGAUGUCAUUGCUGAUGUCAGGUGGAUCCUGGCUGAAAGGAGAGAAUACCAGAAAGAUGUUUACCUGUGUUUUAUUGACUAUGCAAAGGCAUUUGACUGUGUAGAUCAUAACAAAUUAUGGAUAGCACUGCAAAGAAUGGGAAUUCCAGAACACUUAAUUGUGCUCAUGAGGAACCUGUACUUAGACCAAGAGGCAGUUGCUCAGACAGAACAAGGGGAUACUGAUUGGUUUAAAGUCAGGAAAGGUGUGCGUCAGGGUUGUAUCCUUUCACCAUACCUAUUCAAUCUGUAUGCUAAGCAAAUAAUCUGAGAAGCGGGACUAUAUGAAGAAUGGGACAUCAGGAUUGAAGGAAGAUUAUUAACAACUUGCAUUAUGCAGAUGACACAACUUUGCUUGCUGAAAGUGAAGAGGACUUGAAGCACUUACUGAUGAAGAUCAAAGACCACAGCAUUCAGUAUGGAUUACACCUCAAAGAAAACAAAAAUCCUCACAACUGGACCAAUAAGCAGUAUCAUGAUAAAUGGAGAAAAGACCGAAGUUGUCAAGGAUUUCAUUUUACUUGGAUCCACAAUCAACAGCCAUGGAAGCAGCAGUCAAGAAAUCAAAAGACGCGUUGCAUUGGGCAAAGGACCUCUUUAAAGUAUUGAAAAGCAAAGAUGUCACCUUGAAGACUAAGGUGUGCCUGACUCAAGCCAUGGUAUUUUCAAUCACAUCAUAUGUAUGCAAAGCCUGGAUAAUGAAGAAAGAAGACCAAAGAAGAAUUGAUGCCUUUGAAUUGUGGUGUUGGCGAAGAAUACUGAAUAUACCAUGGACUGGCAAAAGAACGAACAAAUCCAUUUUGGAAGAAGUACAACCACCAGAAUGUGCCUCAGAAGAAUGGUGAGACUGUGUCUUACAUACUUUGGACAUGUUGUCAGGAGGGAUCAGUCCCUGGAGAAAGAUAUUAUGCUCAGUGAAGUACAGGAUCAGUGGAAAAGAGGACCUUCAACGAGAUAGACUGACAAGACUGCAACAAUGGGCUCAAGCAUAACAAGGAUUGUGAGCAUGGCACAGGACUGGGCAGUGUUUCAUUCUGUGGUACACAGGGUCACCAUAAGCUGGAAACCACUUGAUGGCACCUAACAACAACAGUACCAGCAAAUUAUUAAUUUUAGAAUUUGUUUGGGUGUAUAUACUUAUACAAAUUUUAAAACUUAAUAUUAGCUGUUUCAUCUUGAUUGUUUACUCACAGUCCAAUCUUUGAAUUGAUUUUAGAGAAAGAAUUUGAUGACCAAAUACCAGGUGAUUUUAUCAGUUAUAUCUGGGGUUUAUAUAGUGACAUACUGCCUGGAUCAAAAGGAUUAUAUUUCAGAAACAUACCCAUAUAUAAAUAUCAAAAGCCUUAAAAUUUUCCAUGUUAACCUAGUAAUUCUAAGAGUUUAUUUCAAGAAAACAGCUAUGGAUGUGCACAAGAUUCAGUGAAAUGUAAAUAGCUGAAAUGUCCAACAGAGGAUUACAUAAAUUAUGGUUCAGUCAUACAAGAGAAUAAUAAACCAGUAAAAAUAAUGUGGAAGACUAUGUAAUGGCCUGAAAAGAUGUUCAGAAUAUAUUAAGUGAAAAAAGCAAGCUAUAAAACAGUAUGUGCAGUAUGAGCCAUUUUUAUAAAAUAUACACAUAUUUAACAAAGUAAAAGGACAAAUGAUAUUUACCAAAUUAACAUUGGUUAUUUCAACACAGUAGAUGGUUGAUUUUGCUUAAUCCUACCCCCUUUUAUUUUCCUAUCGGAAUUUUCUCUAAAUGAAGAUUUUUUUUUAAGUGGGGGUUGAGGGGUGAGAGAAGUAAUUAACCUCAGAUUAGCCCAAAUACAUCCCCCCCAAAAGGCUCCUUCUAGCGAAGUAAAUGCUUCUUUUCAGCCCGUAUCUGAGAAAUCACUUCUACCAUGUAAAUCUGAGUGUCCUUCAAAGAUGCAAUUCACUCAAACUAUACAAUAGCGGUAAUUGAUACUUAAAACAGAGAAACUCAAGUUAAUUAUCACCAAAAAGAACAGAUGAGAAAAUAAAGAUCCUCGCCUUGAAAAGGAACAACUCAAGUACAUACCACUAAAUUAUCCAAAGUUACAUUAUCUAAGUUUAGUUUAUUGCAAAGAUCAAGACAGCACAGUAGAAGCUGGCGGCUUCUGUUUGACAACAUUCACAGCAUUCACUCUGUCCUUCACUUCAUUCAUUCAUCCAUGCAAAAGGUAUGUACACACAAUGAGUCUGAUGUUUCCUGGUUCCCAGAGUAGAACAGGAAACUUGACAUUUCAAUUAAAAAGGUAAAAUGAGGAUAUUUACCAUCAGACUAUAAAAUUCCUCUUCUGGAAUUCAAAUACUAUAGUAUUUGAAGAUACUCUUUGAAAAAAGAAUAUACAAAAUGAAAGGGGCACCAUUUCAAAAGCACUGGGACUACAUUAAACUUAAAUGAAUUCCAACACUCAUAAUAAUAUAACUCAAAAGCAAAUCUAGUCUUAACAAAAAGCUGCAAUAACUAUGACGAUUUAACAGGCACAAUGAACAGUGUAAACACUGUUUAUGGGCACCAAGUUUAACAGGGUAGACAAUAUUUGCUUCUGCAUUCACACUGAAGUUUUCAAUUACAUUUUUUAAAAAAUGGUGCUGCUUAAGCUAAGAAAGUUUUACCAAAAAAAAAAAAGGUUUUUUAAAUUUUAAUAAA